UCCUUGCGGGGCGGGGGUGGUGUUCGAGACGCUGGGGAGUGCGCACCAUGAAGUCGGCGCUGUGCAGCCGCUUUUUCAUCCUUCUGCCCUGGAUCCUGAUCGUCAUCAUCAUGCUGGACGUGGACCCCCGCAGGCCGGCGCCCCAACUCACUUCACGCCCCUACUUCUCUCCCCACACAGUGGGCUGCGGGGGCUCCCGAGUCCCGAUCCGACGGAGCAGCCCGGGCCGUGAAGCUGCGGAGAAGCGCAACGAGUCUCGGCCUCAGCCGCAGCCGGAGCCCCGGUUGCCCACCAUCUAUGCCAUCACGCCCACCUACAGCCGCCCGGUGCAGAAAGCCGAGCUGACCCGCUUGGCCAACACGUUCCGCCAGGUGGCGCAGCUGCACUGGAUCCUGGUGGAGGACCGGGCCACGCGCAGCGAGCUGGUGAGCAGCUUCCUAGCGCGGGCCGGGCUGCCUAACACGCACCUGCAUGUGCCCACGCCGCGGCGCUACAAGCGGCCGUGGCUGCCCCGCGCCACCGAACAGCGCAACGCGGGCCUCGCCUGGCUGCGCCAGAGGCACCAGCACCAGAGCGCGCAGCCAGGAGUGCUCUUCUUCGCCGACGACGACAACACGUACAGUCUGGAGCUCUUCCAGGAGAUGCGGACCACCCGCAAGGUUUCUGUUUGGCCUGUGGGCCUAGUUGGCGGACGACGCUAUGAACGUCCAUUGGUGAAAAAUGGCAAAGUUGUUGGCUGGUACACCGGGUGGAGAGAAGACAGGCCUUUUGCCAUCGACAUGGCAGGAUUUGCUGUGAGUCUGCAAGUCAUCUUGUCCAAUCCGAAAGCUGUAUUUAAGCGCCGUGGAUCCCAGCCAGGGAUGCAAGAAUCCGACUUUCUAAAGCAGAUAACCACAGUUGAAGAACUGGAACCAAAGGCUAGUAACUGCACCAAGGUUCUUGUGUGGCACACUCGGACAGAGAAGGUCAAUCUAGCCAAUGAGCCAAAGUACCACCUGGACACAGUGAACAUUGAGGUGUAG